AUGAACGAAGGACAAAAACCCGUGUACUUCACUAGCAAAGCCCUCCAAGGGCCAGAAGUGAGGUACCAGCAAAUAGAAAAAGUAGCCCUCUCGCUCUUCACUGCGGCGAGACGACUACGAUACUACUUCCUCGCGCAUACCAUCGUCGUAAGAACGGACCAGCCCAUCAAGCAACUACUGGGCCGCCCAGAUAUGGCCGGCAGAAUGCUGAAACGGUCCCUGGAGCUGUCCGAGUUCGACAUCCAAUAUGAAAGCAGAAAGGCCCUGAAAGCACAAGUCCUAGCCGACUUCGUAGCCGAGAUGACAAUCCCUGGUCCCCUGACAGCGGCCAACGACGAAUGGACGAUCUUCGUCGAUGGAGCAUCCAGCUCGUCAGGAAGCGGGGCGGGCAUCAUCCUCGAAAACAACGAAGGCAUCCUCAUAGAAGUAUCACUCAUCCUGUCAUUUCAAACAUCCAACAACCAGGCCGAAUACGAGGCACUCUUAGCAGGAAUCCGCCUUGCUGAAGACCUGGGAGCGCGGAUCGUAACUAUCUACACUGACUCCCAGCUCGUCGCUUCACAGGUAAAUGGUGAUUAUCAAGCCAAAAAUGAACUCCUAAUCGAAUACCUGGCUAUGGUCAAGCAGAAAACCAAAAACUUUGUCCAAGUCAAGGUCGAACACGUCCCCCGCGAGCACAACGCCCGGGCAGACAUCCUUUCUAAACUGGCAAGCACCAGGAAAAAGGGGAGCAACCGAUCCGUGAUUCAAGAAACGCUCCCCCGACCAAGUGUACAAACGAUCACUCACCCGCCCACGGUCAAUGCCAUCGGAGAAGCCCAUUGUUGGAUGACCCCCGUAUACAACUUCUUAACGAAAAACAAACUCCCAUCCGACCAAAAAGAGGCCGCGACAGUCAAGCGAAGAUCCUGCUCUUACAUAGUGAUCGAGGACAAACUAUACCGAAGGGGAUUCUCCAUCCCCUUGCUUAAAUGUCUAGACUCCGCACAAGCCCUCGAGGUCCUACAAGAGAUUCACGAGGGCAUAAACGCACAGCACCUCGGCGGACGCUCGCUAGCCAGGAAAGCUCUUCGAGCGGGGUACUAUUGGCCGACGAUGCAACAGGACACCAAGGACCACGUCCAAAGGUGUGACAAAUGCCAACGCCAUGCUGACAUGCAUUUCGCUCCGUCGAACGAGUUGACAUCGUUAUCGUCACCCUGGCCCUUCGCCUGGUGGGGAAUGGACAUCCUGGGACCAUUUCCCGUUGGCUCAUAUCAGAACAAGUAUCUAAUCGUCGCCGUGGACUACUUCACGAAAUGGAUCGAGGCCGAAGCCCUCGCCAAGAUCACCUCUCUCAAUAUACUACGAUUCUACAAACGGAAUGUGCUCGCACGAUUCGGAAUACCCCAAGCUCUCAUCACCGACAACGGAACACAGUUCACGGACAAGAAGUUCCAAGACCAACGGGCAAGCCAAAGCCGCUAA